CUCAGGACAUCACAAUAUUUCACUCCAAUAACAACAACAUGUCCAAAAAAAGCAUGAAACCUGAUCCAGGCUUACACAACCUCUUUCUGCGUGGUUGGACAAGAAUGAAGGGAAAGAAGGCGGAGGUGCAGAAACACACACAGCACCGAGCAGGACCAGAGGAAGAGGAAUAAUCAGAAGUGAAAAUGAUGUCUUACACACUCCCGGUGGUGUUCUUGCUCAGCGUUGUCUUCCACACACCGACACUGAGUGAGAAUCUCAGCCUGAAGCCUCCUGAGCACGAUCUGUUCAGCGGCUCUCUGUACGCCACGUGCAGGAUGCGACCCAACACCCAGCUGGCGUCAGGAAUGCCCCGAGUGUAUGGACACGUCCUGUUUAAACAAACCGGGCCGGAUGAGGAGUUACAGGUGAAGUUCAAGCUGCACGGCCUGCCUGCAUCCAACUCUCAGUCCCGAGCGAUACACAUUCAUCAGUACGGAGAUCUCAGCGAGGGCUGCACCUCCACCGGCGGCCAUUACAACCCAGAAGGAGCCAACCAUCCGCUUCAUCCGGGGGAUUUCGGAAACUUUAUUGCUCACAAUGGGAAGAUUCGCCAGUCUGUAGACUCCAAAGCCACUCUCUACGGCGGGUUAUCGGUCCUCGGCCGUGCCGUGGUGAUCCAUGAGAAGGAGGACGACAUGGGACAAGGAGGAGACGCUGGAAGCCUUCUGCAUGGGAACGCUGGAGGACGACUGGCCUGCUGUGUGAUCGGAAUAAGCAGCUCCAAAGUCUGGAAUAAAUCCCAUCUCUAAAUUAAUGUGGGGUUGAGUUUGUACAUAUAGGUCUGAUGAUAUAUCGGUCUGAUGGUCUAGCGUGAUAAGAUAUGAAAUUAUCUUGUUAAUAUUGGGUUAAUUUGGUCUGAACAUGUCCUAGCACGCUGUCAUGGGGUCAGAAAACAAAACAAAAAAGAAUAAAAUAUAAGUACAAAAGUAGAAGAAAGAAAGAAACUUGUACUUGUUUUGAUCUUCUUACUAAUAACCUACUUCUUCUGUUUCUUCUUGUCCUUCUUUAUUAUUAAUUAUUAUUCACAUUUUCAGUUUGUUUUUAUCUUCUGAACAUGCAUUUGUUUCUUUAUUUCUUCAUUUUGUUUGUAUUCCCUCGCUCCAAUUGGGCUGAGAAGGAAGUCCUGAAGAUGUAAACUAUAUAAAUAUUGAAUAAUUUUGUACGUAAAUCUUAACCUUAACAAAUACGUCAUGGUCCUUAUGAAGAGGGCGAGUGGUGAUGGAGUUAAAAAUGAAAGAAAUGAAAAGAAAAAAAUAAUGCAAAGCCAUUACAGAUCAUCUGCGACAGGAUUUCUAAACCCAGAGUCUGACGAAAUCAGAUUUCUACAAUGUUGUAAUACGUCUAAAAAUGUUCCACUUUAAACAAUAAUCUAACAGAGUCAUUAUACAAAUGAAAUCAUUCUGGACAAACUGAUUUAAUCCAAAAAGAAAAUAAUGAACUAUCAGUGUUAGCUAAUUGUUUAUGCCUUUCCUCUUUCAAUCCAGUUCAAUUAAUCUCGCUUUAGAUGUGUGAUAAAUAAUGUGAGAUUCAGUAUUUAUCUGUAUUUAUCUUUUUAUAGCUCUCCUUGCACGUGACCUCGUGUUAUGUUUAAAGAGUCUGGGUCAUGUGGAGAUAAUUUAUGGUCAUGUUGAACAUGAUGAUAAAAUGGAGUUGAUGUGUUGGUGUGUAUCUUUAUUAGAGUACAGUCGUACAUGUUAGAACAUCUAAUCAGUUACUGCAGUAAACUUUACUUUAACUCUCAGGUUUUUGCCUAAUCUUUUAUUAUUUUCUAUGUAUUUUUAAUAUUGAGGUAUAACAGUCAAUAAAAUGCCCCUAUUUCAAAUAAA